AGAUAAGUUUGUUUUUCUUAGAGGAUAACAUGACUUCUCUGGUGAUCCAACAAAAUAUUAACGAUGAAUUUGAGGAAAUCAAUAGAUCUGCAACACUCUAUUUAGAACUUCCUGAAGGAUUAAAACAAACGCAAAUUCGUGCAAAUAUUUUUGGUGCAACUAAAAGUAUUAGUGGAGAGAUUGUUUUUCAGACAGGAAUGUGUGGUUAUAUUGAGGCUUUAACUGACCCCAGUUAUGCGCAGCAACUUUUGGUUCUUACCUAUCCUCUGAUUGGAAAUUAUGGCGUCCCAAAAUUUGGCAAAUCGGAUCCUAAAUGGCCUGAGCUUCUUACAGGUGGAUUUGAAUCAGAUAGGAUUUGGCCUGCUGCUCUGAUAGUCGACAGAAUUUGUGAAGAGGGCGAGUAUAGUCAUUAUGAAGCUGCCACUUCUCUUUCUCAAUGGCUUUGUGAUCAAGGUGUUACGGGUCUGUGCGGGAUUGAUACUCGGAUGCUUACAAAAAUUAUUCGCACUUACGGAACGUUGAGAGCUAAGAUUGUAGUUGAUUCAGAUCAGCAAGAUGAUAUUCAAUUUGUCAACAUUAAUGAACAAAAUUUAGUUGCAUCUUCUCCAAAAUUGUUCGGCAAUGAAUCAGAUACUUCGCUAUUUAAUGUUUUGGCUAUUGAUUGUGGCAUAAAAUUUAAUCAAAUCCAUUAUGAUGGCCUCUUCAUUUCUAAUGGGCCCGGAGAUCCUGCAAAAUGUACCUCGUUAAUUAAUCGAAUUGCGUCACUUUUAUCUUCCGGAACAAAUGUACCUAUUUUCGGUAUUUGUUUGGGACAUCAAUUGUUGGCUUCUGCUGCUGGUGCAAAAACUUACAAAAUGAGAUUUGGCAAUCGAGGUCAUAAUUUACCUGCUUUACAUGCUUCUUCUGGGCGGUGUUUUAUUACUGCUCAAAAUCACGGAUUUGCUGUUGAUCGUAAUUCACUACCUAAAAAUUGGAAUGAACUAUUUAUAAAUGCAAAUGACAGGUCAAACGAGGGAAUGAUUCAUGAGAGCAAACCUUAUUUUAGUGUUCAAUUUCAUCCUGAACAUUGUGCUGGGCCAGACGAUACGGAGUGGCUUUUUGAUGUUUUUGUUGAAUCAAUGAAAAUAGUUAAAACUACAAAAGAUUCUGUUAAUUUAAAUCAGCUAAUUAAUGAGCGUCUGGCUUUUACUACUAAUUAUCGAGAGGAGGUCUCUAACCAAAAGAAAGUUUUGAUACUCGGUAGUGGUGGAUUAUCAAUAGGUCAAGCCGGUGAAUUUGAUUAUUCUGGUUCUCAAGCAAUUAAAGCUUUACGGGAGAUGGGGAUUAAAAGUAUUCUUAAUCCGAAUGUUGCUACUGUCCAAACUACGAAAGGAUUUGCAGAUCGUGCUUACUUUUUGCCUGUAACUAAAGAAUUUGUCACUGAGAUAAUUAAAAAAGAAAGACCGACAGGUCUUUUAUGCACUUUUGGUGGUCAAACCGCUCUCAAUUGCGCCAUUGAUCUAUUUCGCGAUGGAGUGUUGGAAGAAUUUAAUGUACGUGUUCUUGGAACUCCUAUAGGUUCUUUAAUUUUACUUCUUUAA